CACGCCCACACCUCUCUUGACAGCGAACAUAGAGGACAUGUAGCUCAGCCAUUUACGACUCCGGUUUUCCAGCUAAUUAUCUCCGCUGUUUGGCUUUUGUUUGAAUUUUCCCCAUUAAUCACCGUCACUUGUUUACUUUCUCAUAGCAUAAAUCAUAUAUGUAGCUAAUUAGCCAAUUCAAUGGCGUUUAAUUGCCAUCAACGCGACGAUGAUAUUGACGAAGAAGACGAAACGCCCUCGAAGCUGCCGCGGUGCAAGAAGGAGAUGCCCGGUUACUUCGACAACGAGCCCCAAAAUGAGGGGGCCGCUGGGAGAGCUACACCCGAGCGGCUGGCGUCCAACUCGACCGCGAGGCAUCGGAAAGACUCGGUUAAGAAGACGAGGCCGCCAUUUCCUUGGUUUGGAAUGGAUAUUGGAGGCACCCUGGUGAAACUGGUGUACUUUGAGCCUAAAGACAUCACUGCAGAAGAGGAGCAGGAAGAGGUGGAGAACCUGAAGAGCAUCCGGCGCUUCCUGACCUCCAACACCGCCUACGGCACCACAGGCAUCAGGGAUGUGCACCUGGAGCUGCAGGACCUGACGCUGUGCGGAAGGACGGGGAACCUGCACUUCAUCCGCUUCCCCACGCACGACCUGCCUGCUUUCCUGCAGAUGGGCCGUAACAAGCACUUCUCCAGCCUCCAUACCACUCUCUGUGCUACAGGAGGGGGGGCCUUUAAAUUUGAGUCUGAUUUCCGUACGAUGGCAGACCUGGAGCUUCACAAGCUGGACGAGCUGGACUGCCUGGUUCGGGGAGUGCUGUACAUUGACUCGGUGAUGUCCAGUGGCCCCUUGGAGUGUUACUACUUUGAAGAUCCCACAGACCCGGAUCACUGCGCUCAGAAGCCCUACACACUGGAGAAUCCUUAUCCAAUGCUGCUUGUCAACAUCGGCUCUGGAGUCAGCAUCCUGGCCGUCUACUCGGAAAACAACUACAAACGGGUCACUGGGACCAGCCUGGGCGGCGGGACCUUCCUCGGCCUGUGUUGCCUUCUCACUGGCUGCUCGACUUUCGAGGAAGCCCUAGAAAUGGCUUCUCAGGGAGAGAGCACCCGUGUGGACAAGCUGGUCCGAGACAUCUACGGAGGAGACUAUGAGAGGUUUGGGCUGCCGGGCUGGGCUGUGGCCUCAAGUUUUGGCAACAUGAUGUCAAAAGAGAAAAGGGAGUCUGUGUCUAAGGAGGACCUGGCUAGAGCAACGCUGGUCACAAUCACCAACAACAUCGGCUCCAUCACCAGGAUGUGUGCUCUCAAUGAGAACAUUGAGCGAGUGGUGUUUGUUGGGAACUUCCUAAGAGUGAACACCCUCUCUAUGAAGCUGUUGGCCUACGCCAUGGACUACUGGUCCAAAGGCCAGCUCAAAGCUCUUUUCCUUCGACAUGAGGGUUACUUUGGUGCCGUUGGAGCCCUGCUGGAGCUUCUGCAUCCAUCCUAAUCUGUCGACCAAGGAACCAAAAGUCAAUCUGCUGCAACAACCAGAAGCACUUUAGACUGUCAGGAAUCCCAUUUUAGAAUGACGUCACCCGAGCCACCUACUAGUACAGUUUGUUGUGGCCGAAGUCCACCUGUUUGCAAUCGAGGUGUCACACGCUUGUAAGUCCUUGAAUGUUGGUAAGAUGUUUGUGAACAGUCUUUAGGACAGUGGUUUAAGUUGGAUGCAGAAAGUCUGACUGAUUUAGUAUUUUCAGAACUUUCUCAGAUUUGAUGUUUUCAAGGAAAUCCAACAAUGUUGCCCGAAGUACUUUAUUUAAAAGUACCUGUCAUCAGGUAGUUUUGUCUUAUUGACUGGAGCUUAUUGGUCAUUACCCCUCUAUGGGUGUCCGGUUCUAGGCCACUUUACUGAAAUACUCCAAAUGUUCACAAAGGUACUAGGAUGAUGCAUGCUAAAUGUUACUUUGGCCCUUUUUAUAAGUGCUUGUUGUUAAAAGCACUUCUAAACCUUAAGAUGAUCUUUUCUGGUUUCAGUCUUCAUAUUAGAGAAGAUAAAUGGGAAACUUUUAGCAAGACUUUUGAAAGUCACUGAAAUCGUAGCAACUGUUGCUACAGUGAAACUAGUUCCAGCUGCUUUUAAUUAUUAAAGGUUAUUAGAGUAAACAAGUCAUCACAUGAACCACAUGGUUACUCUUUAAGUUGAACCACAGUUAUUAACAUCCGAUUCCUGUCUUACAUGUUGAGCUUUUCAUUGUGGUUGAAACUAAUUUGAGGGGUUUGAAUAAUGGGACAGCCAAGGUUUUACCAGUUGCUGCAUGCUCUAGGCAUUUUACCCAUAAAUAAAGUCCUUAAAUUUCACUAAUGUUAUGUUUACACUGUUUUUUUUUUUUUUCUAUGACUGAUAAAUAUUAUUGUCACUUCUUCUCUUGACUGAAAUAUCAAUGCUUGUUAAGUUAACGAGCCCACUUGCUGUACAAGAACAUCUACAGCCAUCUGUGUUACUGAAGUGCCUUCAGGCCAGUUCAUGUCUGUGAGGAGAGCUUAGUAUACUUAGAGAAAUGUGCACAGAAACUACAGGUCCAAAAUGUUUAUAAUCUCUAAUAUUCUGAGUUAAUGCAUUUUUUUUUAUGGUGAAACUCUUGUUUCCCUCCAAUGGAGGUGUAAAAUGUUUUCUCCACACCUGUUCUGUUUAUAGGCAGUUAUACUCCUGUUCUUUCUAUUGUAAUGAUACAGCAUCCUUUUAUGAUUACAGGGACCAUAAUCUGUGUCUCAUUCAUUGUCUGUGAUUGAAAACUACAGAUUAUAAUUAGAUUUUAAGUGCCUGACAUGUUAUUUUUUUUUGGGUUUUUUUUUUGUAGAAUAAAAUCUGUUCAGCAUUAAGUUUGAUUCUUAAUGAUUUAAGAUCAUCUUUGUAAUGUUUCCAUCUUUCUUGUAUGUUGCAUAGAAAAUGAAUUUCUUUUUCCUGAUGAAUUUGAAUUUAUUGAAUCUAUUAAAAAUGUGUUUUUUUCAUACA